GUUCGUGGCUGAACACCAUGUUGCCCCGUCCGGCGCCGAGUAUUCUGCAAAAAAUGAAUGUUUUUGAAGACCAAAGUGACAGACUGGGUAGAAGUCAACAGGAGCCGUGCACAUAUUUCCGAUCAGGUGUUGCUGGUUUGGCUAUGAUCCCAGAAGCAGAAGUGGAGACUCGCAAUACUCGCCACACUACUGGGGGUGGAGGUGGUACAGCCCCCCCUGCACCACCAUUGCCGCCAGUUGAUCACGAUGGGCUCAUCUUACCUCGGAAACUUCAAAACCCCUGUAUGGAAUCUGCAGACAGGCGUAGUCUCCACCGUGAAUUACUCUUCAACCAAAAGACAGGGAAAAAUGUCUUGAAUCAAAAGUCAGAACUGCAGCGAGCAUUUGGUCGCCACCGUGAGCAGCAAGCGAGACGAGAACUGGAGCAACAGAAGGCCAGCUCCCUGUCUGAUUUACAGAGGCUCAUUGAAGAACGACAGAAGCGAUUGCUAAUGAUGGAGAAAGAUGAUGAUGCAGACAGUUGUUCUGGUAGUGAGCCAGAAUUCAUGAAAGUUCAUGCCAGACUAAGAUCUAAAAUGGAUUCAAAAUAAGUAUUACUGAUUAUUAUAUCUGUAAAAUGUUUAUUGUGUGUAAUGAGUGUGAGGCAAGCCUCAGUGUGUUCAACCAAAGCUAUUAUAGUCUUUUGCAGCAGGGGAAAAAAUAUGGAGAUCUGACAAGUAAACGUGUUUGGUAUUGCUGAUGCUGAAAUAACAAUUUCCCAUGCUCCCACAUAAAGAGAAAAAAUUAAGCUUGGAACAUUUAAAAAAUAUAUGGAGGUAGUGACUAUAUAAAGCUUCAUUUGGCUGCUUUGGUAUCAUUUACAUCAGCAGCUGAAUUGUGUUGUUUCACAAGAAUUCACAUCACUCAAAUGUUUUCCAUGUGUAAAAGUACAAGUAAACAACUGUGUUACCAUUAUUUCUUUACUUACGUUUUUCAUGUGUGAGGCUGAAGGUGUGUAAUUUUGCAAGGAAGUGUUUUUGCUGUGACUUUUAAACAAAGAUUGUGAUGGGUGUGACAACAUUUGUGUUUGUGUACCAGCUGAAACCAGUGUUCAGAGACUAAGACAUUAUUACCUGCUCCAUUAUAGUGAGUCUCACACAGCAAACUUCGAAGACAGUGUGUGGCCUUUUUAAGUGAUUAUACUAGCUGUGCCUUAAUACAGUCUCAUGAACAUGUAUGAAUGGAGGGGAUGAUCUAUUACUGUAUAUAUUUUUAAACAGUGACUUUAAUUUUGCAUUAAAUGUCAGUUCUGCUAUCACAUACCUAAUAAGAAAUAAGAGAUGUUUAAUUUUUACUAGUUCAUUUCUUUUGUAGAGUCAUGGUUCAUUAAUUGCAGUUCAUGCAAUUAUUUCUUGAAUGUGGUAUUUUUGUAUCUGUACUAUUUCUCAUACUACAAGAAAAAUUUCUUCUGACAUUUGUUCUGUAUAAUGAUAGAUAACAUUACUUUCUUGUUCUUAAUGCUGCAUGGAAGUAAUGUGAGCAGAGACUGAGGCUGCAUUUCAUAACAGCCAAAUCUGUUCACACACAGUUCCUCAGUAUUUGCCAUCAUUAUUGAGUUACACACAACUCAUGUCUUCCAUCAUUCUGACUGGAUUCACUCACAGAGUUCAUAAAUGUAUUAUUUAUACUUUAUUAAUUAUACAUAUCUUAUUUUAAAGUAAAACAGCAAAUGGUGAUUUCAAAUUAAUACAUUAAUUCUGAGUAUUGGUGUUUGAAAAUAAAAAGGCUGUAAAAAAAUAUUAAUUUCCUUUUUUCAUUACUUCAUAUACACAGAGAUUGCUGUAUAUGUUAGUAGAUAACAUGAGUCAAGACAUUUUAAUCAACCUGGCAGAAUUAUGGAUCUCUCCACAUGUAAGACAAUGUGUUCUAACAAACCAGUCAGUGAAUCUUCUGUAGGUUAGGUAUAUCUGUUUGAUAAACAAAUUUGUUUUUGUACGUUUAUUAAACAAAAUAAGUUACUCCUACUCCUUGCCCCUGGUUGUAUGAGGUGGUCUCAAAAAUACCUGCAGAAAGUAGCGGAUUGGUAUUGAGAGAGCUGUAUGUAUAGUAUGACAAUGCAGUUGUUGUGAUUAAGAUUAUUAGAUUUCUGUUUGUGGGGACAUGACAGUGGCUGUGUACGCUGUCUCAGUUGAUAAAUUUGAGACUACCUAUGUAACCACUUUUGAGCAAAGUCAAUACAGACUAACGUUAACAAAAUAAAUUAAGUCCCUCAUGAGUAUGCAGACUAAAUUUAAUCAGUUCCACAGUGGCUGAUAAUAGGUUACCUGAAAUUUUCUGACUACGUAUAACAGGUCACCUGAAAUGCUCUGACAACAUGGCUUUG